AUGACUUCAAAUGCCCGUAUCAGUACUGUGGCAGUCAUCGGCGCUGGACCAUCUGGCCUGUCGGCUGUCAAAGCGUUGGAUGAAGAAAAGUCCUUCGAUACGAUCCGUGUCUUAGAGCGGAAAGAUAGAGUUGGGGGUACAUGGCUUUACGAUGAACAUCCCGACACUUUCCAGUCAACACUAGUCACACCACAGCGCAACACUGCCCCGCCACAACUUCCAACCUUCGCAUCUCCUGCGCCAGAAGAUACAACAUCAAGGACCGGCUUGUACCAUUACCUCGACAGCAAUGUCGGAGCCACGGUCAUGGAGUUCACCUACGCAUCAAUUCCAAAGAUCAACUCGGCUCUGUCGGUGCGCCGCUUCGGCCACGCGAAUCCUACUCGACCCUGGAAGGUCGUCGCUGACUAUCUCGAGGACAUCUUUGCAAAACACCUGCAUCGAGUUACAUUCAACACCACCGUUGAGCGCAUUAGCAAGAACACGGAGACUGGAAAAUGGGACAUCACUCUACGUCGAUCAGAUGUACAUUUCAAAGGUGAAAGCCACGACUACUGGUGGACCGAGAGCUUCGAUGCUGUAGUCGUCGCAACAGGUCACUACAGUGUGCCGUACAUCCCUAAGAUUCCCGGCAUAGAGGAGUGGUACAAACGUUGGCCUGAACGCCUCCAGCACUCGAAGCAGUUCCGCAGCCGCGACGCCUAUGUCGACAAGUCUGUUGUAGUGGUUGGCGGCAGCGUGUCUGCUAGCGACUUCGUCCUCGACACGUACACUUCUGUACGCGGGCCCCUGAUUGUAGCGCAGCGUGGCGAGAAUGCGAACCCUGCGCUCGAUAACAUCUGGAAGCUCCCAGGUGUAGCCAAGAAGCCGACAAUUUCAAGAUUCACACUCGAUAAUGGCGGUACGGUGGAAUUCAGUGACGGGAGCUGGGUUUCUGGUCCUGAUGUGGAUGUUGUGUACUUCGCCACAGGAUACAGAUUAUCGUAUUCCUUCCUUGAACCCAAUCCUGUCACACCAAGGAAUAGAUUGGCAGGCUUUUAUCAGCACGCGUUUAAUGUUGCCGAUCCAUCACUCGCGGUUGUGGGACAGAUCCGUGCUGCGCUCUCCUUCCGUGCGUACGAGUAUCAAGCCGUAGCCGUCGCGCGCGUGCUUGCUGGACGUGGUACUUUGCCUUCCACAGCUGAGCAAAGGAGAUGGGAAGAGGACAGAGUGAAACGUCUUGGGCCCACGCAUAUUUUCCACACUAUCGCGCCAGAUUUUGAAGAGUACUUCAAUGCGCUGCGAGCAAUUGCAAGACUACCAGCCGAAGGAACAGAGGCUUAUGAGCUACCGAAGUGGGAAGAUGAGUGGGCCAAGAAAGGAUUCAGGGUCCUAGAAUUGAAGUACGAGUAUGCCAGGAAUAUUCUUGGCUCAGAGAAACUAAUUGCAAAGCUCUAG